AUGGAGGAGGACGAGAGGCGGCUCUCGUUUCCGCCGCCGGCGCCGCUCAACUCGCCUGGUGAGGAGAUAGACGGCUCGCGGCUGCUCAGUGAAAUCGUUCGUACUCUUGAGGCUACAAAUCCAGAAGCAGCGGCACCUUUGGUAGCGUCGCAGUCACGCGAUGCGCUUGAUGUUGAAAGCGAGAAACCGCGGCGGGAAGAAUUGCGGAUCCCGCUGGAAGGCGUCACCUUCGCGACUGAGCCGAUUGGGGCUAGUGGCCCGUCUCGCGAUGAACCGCGCGCCGCCGUCACACCCUUCACUCGUGAGUCAGCGCGUCGUGCAGGCUCGCGGGGCGCACAGCUUGUUCGCGAGUUUGGGUUUAUGCCUCGUCGCCGCCUUAGCGUCGAGGAUGGCGCAAGGCUACCUCGGAAAUAUGAACCCUUUCCUCCCAAACUGUACGGGCGGCCGCUGGAGGAGAUCGACAACUUUAUUUACGAUGAGGUGAGACACUGCCUUUUGUUUAGCAUAUAA